UAUGAGAACUCUAAGUCAGUCCGGGUUAGACUUAGAUCCACUCCUUAGUAUGCACGGCGAGAUCAUUAUUUCUGAAAAGUACCCGGAGAGACAGUAGAAAGGGUUUUACAGAGGGAAGUGGCUGGAGACGCAGUACCGCCCGCCGCCCCUCGGGGGCGCUUUUGGGAGGGGAGCUGGCUAGGUCGCCGGCUGCGGGUUCCGCGGGCAUUAGCUCAGGGAGGCGGUGUGUACAGGCAGGCUCCCUGCGCUCCGGGAGCCCCGCUUGCUCUGCGCGCACUCCCAGCAGUCUGUGUCUGCUCUAGCUCGGCUCGACGGCGACAUGGGUGUCCCCACGGCCCCCGAGGCCAGCGGCCCGCGCCGGGGGACCCUGCUUCUCGCUCUUUUUCUGGCUGCAUCCAGAGGUCCGGCAGCGGCAGCCUUCAAGGUGGCUACACCAUAUUCCCUGUACGUGUGUCCCGAGGGGCAGAACGUCACCCUCACCUGCAGGAUCCUGGGCCUUGUGUCCAAAGGCCAGGAUGUGACCUUCUACAAGACGUGGUACCUCAGCUCUCGAAGUGAGGUUCAAGUGUGCAAAGAGCGUCGGCCCAUACGGAACUUCACAUCCCAGCAUGCUCAUCCGCACCAUGGAAGCCACCAGGCGCCCAACACCAGCCACGACCAGGCCCAGGCACACGGGCUGGAGUUAGCUUCCGACCACCACGGCAACUUCUCCAUCACCGUGCGCAAUGUGACCCUGCAGGACAGCGGCCUCUACUGCUGUCAUGUGGUAGAAAUCAGGCACCACCACGCAGAACACCGGCUCUACGGGUACAUGGAGCUGCAGGUACAGACAGGCAAAGACUCGCCACCUAACUGCACCGCGUACCCCUCUAACGAGCAGGAGAGCGACAGUAAGGACGGCCACCCCCAUACCUUCUGUGCACCCCGUUUCUGUAUUUACCUUGGGCCCAGAUCCUGUUCUGGACUCUCACCCCAGUACCAUACACCUGCAGAUCCCCCAUUCUCUCUCUGUGGCUUCUGUUCCCCUUCCGCCUCUUGGCUGUGGCCCUAGAAUCCGCCCCCCCCACACCCCCACCCCGGCUCCUGUGGUGGCUCUCUCUGUG